UUCAUUGUUUUGUUUUUGUGAUAAAAAAAAAAAAGAUUGGUUUGGAGCACAGGAAACAAGAAUCACUUAUUCACAUUCACAUCUUACAGCAAGAAUUUUGGUGAUUGCAGAAAUGUGCAGCAUAGCCUCUUCACAGCAAAGCUUCCUCACCAACGCCCUUAUUCCACUAACCCUGAAGCCCAUGUUCAGCAGCAGAAGCAGCACCGUUACUAUCUCUUCAGUUAAAACCGUUUAUUGCAGUUGCCCACAACAUGACCAACAACAACCUCAACCUCCAAGGAAGAAUGAGAACAAGAUAGCAAAGUUAGCAAUAGUUGCACUGGCUGCUGGGGUGUUAACACUGGGGUCAGUUCAUGAUGCAUCGGCCGCCAAGACUGGUGGUAGAGUUGGUGGCCAGGCCUUCAGGUCAUCAGCCCCUCGCUCCUCACCGAGAAUCAACAACAACUCUAGGACCAAUAUCUAUGUCAAUCCUCCAGUGGCGCCUCCACUAGUUGGUGGUUAUGGCUAUGGUUUCGGUGGGCCAUUCUAUGGUGGCUGGGGAUGGUCUCCAUUUUCUUUCUUUGCACCAGGUCCCAGUGUAGCUAUAGGCAUUGGAGGUGGAUUUGAUACUAUAGUUCUGUUUUUGUUUCUUGGUGCUGCUGCUGCAGUUGUGAGGAGAUUCUUUGGGUCAAGAAAUGAAGAUGAUGACUACUAGCAGUACAAAAAGCUUUUUAAUACUUUAUGAGAGAUUGUUAAAUAGAUGUUUAAAGAAUGGCACAGUUACCAUGGUGAUCAAUUAAUUUGAUGUAUUUUUAGAUAUUAUACUUGAAAGAGAAGCAAUAUUGUGCUUUCUAAUGAAAU